AUGGGGCCGCGGCGGCUGCUGCUCGUGGCGGCGGGGCUGAGCCUGUGCGGUCCCCUGCUGUCCGCCCGCGCCCCAGGCCGCAAGCCAGAUUUAAAACCAGCCAAUGCGACUGGGGGCCCUCGGUCAUUUUACCUCAGGAAUUCCGAGGAUGUAUUUGAACCUUUCCCAGUGGACGACUAUGAGGACAGAAGCGGCAGUGGGUUCACCGAAGGCGGCUUAAACUCCACCAACCACAGCAGGCCUCUGCAGAAACGACCCCCCGAGUACAUCUCCAAGGAGGCCUCGGGAUACCUGACCAGCGCCUGGCUGACUGUCUUCGUCCCCUCCGUGUACACGGGCGUGUGCCUGAUCAGCCUUCCCCUGAACGUCAUGGCCAUCGCCGUGUUCAUCGGGAAGAUGAAGGUCAAGAAGCCGGCCGUGGUGUACAUGCUGCACCUGGCCACGGCGGACGUGCUCUUCGUGUCCGUGCUGCCGUUCAAGAUCAGCUAUUACUUCUCCGGGAGCGACUGGAAGUUUGGGUCCGAGAUGUGCCGCUUCGUCACCGCGGCCUUCUACUGUAACAUGUACGCCUCCAUCAUGCUCAUGACGGUCAUCAGCAUCGACCGGUUCCUGGCCGUGGUGUAUCCCAUGCAGGCCCUCUCCUGGCGCACCAUGGGGAGGGCGGCCUUCACGUGUGCGGUCAUCUGGGCCAUGGCCAUCGCCGGGGUGGUGCCCCUUCUCCUCAAGGAGCAAACCACCCGGGUGCCCGGGCUCAACAUCACCACCUGCCACGACGUGCUCAACGAAACCCUGCUCGAAGGCUACUACACGUAUUACUUCUCGGCCUUCUCCGCCAUCUUCUUCUUCGUGCCGUUGAUCAUCUCCACAGGCUGCUACGUGUCUAUCAUCCAGUGCCUCAGCUCCUCCACGGUCGCCACGCAGAGCAAGAAGACCCGGGCUCUGUUCCUGUCUGCUGCUGUUUUCUGCAUCUUCAUCGUGUGCUUUGGGCCCACCAACGUCCUCCUGAUUCUGCAUUACGCGUUCCUCUCCCGGGACCCCAGCACCGAGGCCGCCUACUUUGCCUACCUCCUCUGCGUCUGUGUCAGCAGCAUAAGCUGUUGCAUCGACCCCUUGAUUUACUAUUACGCUUCCUCGGAGUGCCAGAGGUACCUCUACAGCAUCUUCUGCUGCAAAGAGAGCUCUGACCCCAGUAGCAGCAGCGGCCAGUUGAUGGCGAGUAAAGUGGACACCUGCUCUACUAACCUGAACAACAGCAUCUACAAAAAGCUGUUAACCUAG